AAGCACUUUGUUGACAUGGUCUACGAAGCUCUCGUCUUCGAAGAGAGCAGAGGCGGUUUCAAACAACCAACAUGCGUCAUGUCCAUGAUGGAGCUAAUCCUAGGCAUUGCAACCGGCCCUUUUAUGCGAAAGACCAGCUUCGAGGGUAAUAAAAUCAUCACCAAAGAGGCGAUGGAAAUAUUCCGCGAAUCGAUCAGAUACGUGGCCGACAGCGAGAUUCAACUCUUCAACAGCUUCGAAAACUCUCUGGAUCCAAAGAAUAACAAGAACGGGAACGGCAGUAACGCAGCGUUGAAUCCAUGGCACAAUCUGCAUGAAGAGACCAAGUUUCUGCGCGAGAUUAAAGAUAUCCAGGAUGAGUUGAAGAUUCUGCGGACACUCGCAGAGGCUCAGGAGACGGUGUGGAAUCAGACAUUUGACGAUGACCAUUUCAAGGAUCGAUCUAUCUGCACGCCCAUGUCGGUCAAGGCAGAGGUUGACAGGAUGAUUGAAGAGGCAGACAAGACUCAUGACUCGGUUGGUUACCCAUAUAGUACAAGCAGUGAGGUAUCUCUAACAGUCACAGAUCAACACGCUGCUAGACUUGAAGCAGAAACAAGCAGGCAUGACAGACGCCCAGCUCGGCCACGAGCAGAACAGAAUCGUCACUGUCUUUACCGUCGUGACCAUUGUCUUUCUCCCCCUUUCCUUCCUGACUUCGGUCUUUGCCUUGAAUAUAUCCGACUUUCCCCAUGUAGGAAACAAUGUCGAAUUCGAAGGCUGGUGGAUAUGAAAAAUCAGUUGGCAUCUCAAUCGGCGUAUCCUUCCUCUUCCUCUUCUUCGCAUUCAACGUCAACACUCUCAACAAGUACUACCACGCGUUGAUGCACCAAGGCCACCGGGGAAAGUUUAUACAGGAUCUAAAAGCGAGAGUCCUCCCAAAGAAACGCAACAAGCAGACAAAUAACAAAAUGCAAAAACCUUCCAAGGAAACAAAUCCCGUGAAAACGAGCGCGUUGGAAAGGAAGAUAUCACCAUCCGAGAAGGAGGAGACGAAAUAUGGAAUUGAGAGUCAUGGUCCGGGAAAGGAGAUGAUCAAGGCGUUUCAAUUCUUGGAUCCGCUGCGCAGUAGGAAGAAGCAUGCGUCUCCGUCGGAUCCGGAGUUGGGUGGCUAUUGAGCUGGAUGAAUAGAUUGAAUAAACGAAUAAUGCAGGCACUGAUAAUGAAGAGCAUCGCCCAUGAGGGUACGUUAACAUUUCCC